AUGCCGUCCCUCAGCGCAAUCGUGACCGGAGGCGCAUCGGGCAUCGGUGAAGCCGUCGCGACCAAACUCGCCAGCCGCGGGGUCAAUGUCACCAUCGCCGACCUCGACACCAAGGCUGGAGAAGCACUGGCGAAAAAGCUCGAGAGCGACUUUGGAGCCGCGGCCGUGUUCGUGCGCACCGACGUUUCCCAGGAAGACGAUGUGAAAGCCAUGGUGGAGGCCGCGGUCAAGAGGUUCGGCCGGCUGGAUUUCGCGGCCAACUGCGCGGGGGUGUCGGAGACGGUGUGGCAUGAAGAGCAGAGCAUCACGACCCGGGACUUUGAUCGGUGCCGGGAUCCAUGUCAAGAACAAUCUCUGCGUGUCCUGGAAGUUGCUGACGCUGAUUCCCCAUCACUACAAUUCAGGGUCUACUCGAUUAACGCCAAGGGCGUCUGGCUGUGCCAGAAACACGAAGCGGCCCAGAUGCAACGCCAAUCGCCCCGUCCGAUCAGCCUGUCGGGCCCAUCGUCGUCGCGCGCCAUCCCCGGACAGAGGGGCUCCAUCGUCCACAUCUCGUCCGUGUGCGGCCUCAUCUCGCAGGGCCUCGGGGCGUACACGCCCGCGAAGCACGCCGUGCUGGGUAUCACCAAGAACGGCGCCAAGUUUUACGGCAAGGACCAGAUCCGCGUCAACGCCGUGUGCCCCGGGUGGGUGUACACGCCGCUGCUGGAGAAGGUCAUGGGCCAGCAAGGCGUGGCGGGGACCGCGGAGACGGAGCAGAGCCCCGUCCUGGACCGCAUCAUGCUGGGCCGCAUGUCGUUCCCCGAGGAGCAGGCCAGCGUCAUCAGUUUCCUCUUGAGCGACGACAGUAGCUAUAUCAACGGGGCGCACAUCGUGGUGGACGGGGGGUUUGUUGACAUUCACCCGUGA